GACGACGAGACGCCGCUUCUCGAGGAGCUCGGCAUCGACCCCGGGCAGAUCGUCCGGCGGACGUUCGCGAUGCUCAACCCGCUGUCGACGCGCGCGGAGGACGCGGGCGACGACGACCUCGCCGGCCCGCUCCUCUUCGCGUUCGCGCUCGGCUCGUUACAUCUGAUGCGCGGCCGCGUGCACUUCGGAUACAUCCUCGGGUGGAGCGCGCUCGCGACGUUCGCGAUGCAGUGGCUGCUGAAUCAGCUCGCCGCGGGCGGGGACGGGACGCGGAUAGAGCUGUACCGCUGCGGAAGUAUCAUCGGCUACUGCAUGCUGCCGAUGUGCCUCCUCGCGGCGGCGGCGCUCGUGUUGCCGACGGGGAGCGUCACGACGGCGAUCAUCGCCGCGGUGCUCGUGUCGUGGUGCACGAGCAAGGCGACCGCGCAGUUCCUUCGGUCGCUGCCGAACGCGCAGGGGAAGCGGUUGAUCGUCGCGUACCCGACGUUCACGUUGUACACGUUUUACGCGUUGUUGUCGACGUACUGA